AUGGCCGUAGUUGGCCAGCGUGUUGCUUCCGCUGGCAUCGUGCUUGCACUCAGGCUUCAACAGGAGAUCCUUAAGAAGACCACAGAACGUUGCAAGGCUGUCUCCCUCGAUGCUGCAAUGCCAGAAAAGGAGAAGUAUGACAUCGUGAAGGGUGUGGCGCGUGACCUUUCUAAAGUUGCAGGAGACAUAGCCAUCAGCAUGUCAACAUUGGCUGAGGAUGCAGUUGGAGUGUCUGGCCGUGUAGCAGCUGGUGUCGAUAUCAAUGCUCGUGUUGAGAUUGAGAGUCAAGCUCUGGCUAAAGCUGAAGCUAAAGCGGUUGUUGAAGCUGUUGCUGAUGCUAAAGCUCUAGAUAAAGCUGAAAAUGAAGCCAUUGCUGGGGCUGAAGCUAGUGCUGGAACUAGAGGAGAAGCUAAAGCAAGUAAGAGCAGCAGUUUCAGCGCAAGUGGCGAUGCUGGAGGAUAUGCAGGUGGCAAAACUGAUGCGGAUGCAACUACUUCUGGUGGCGGUAAGGCAGGGGGCAGUGGCAAAGCAGAUGUCGAUGCUAGUGCGGGAGCUGGAGAAGAAGCUGAAGCAAGUAAGAGCAGCAGUUCCAGCGCAACUGGCAAUGCUGGAGGAAAUGAAGGUGGCAAAACUGAUGCGGAUGCAACUACUUCUGGUGGCGAUAAGGCAGGGGAUGGCAGCAAAGCAGAUGCAAGUAAGAGCAGCAGUUCCAGCACAAGUGGAGAUGCUAGAGGAUAUGAAGGUGGCAAAACUGAUGCGGAUGCAACUACUUCUGGUGGCGGUAAGGCAAGGGGUAGCGGCAAAGCAGAUGUCGAUGCUAGUGCUGGAGCUGGAGGAGAAGCUGAGGCAAGUAAGAGCAGCAGCUCCAGCGCAAGUGGCGAUGCUGGAGGAUAUGAAGGUGGCAAAACUAAUGCGGAUGCAACUACUUUUGGUGGCCGUAAGGCAGGGGUUAGCGGCAAAGCAGAUGUCGAUGCCAAUGCUGGAGGUGGUGGCUUUAACUAUUAA